AUGUCUGAAGACUCUACCGAUCAUGAAGAGCUCAUACAUAGUGUUAUGGAAGUAUGUGCUGUUAUGCCUGAUGUAGCCGAAAAACUGUUGCAAAGCAAUGGUUGGGAUAUUGAAUCUGCUGUACAAGCUUAUUUCCAGAACUCCGGUGCGUCGGGAGGCUGGGAAGAAACCGAAAACAUCAGGAACAUAGAGCAAGAGUUACGUCAUCGUCACGUAGUUGCUAAUGGACCAUCUACUUCUAGUACCAGGGUGCAUAAUGAAUCCGCUUCAGCAUUUAUUCCUCGUCAGAGGGUGUCUCAACCACCUUUGACUUGGUUGCAAUGGACCAUUAAUUUACUUAAAUUGCCCUUCGACUUUGCUUACCAUUGCUUUUUGGAGCUACUUCAGUUUUCUUGGACUUUAUUUCGUGGCCGUCCGUUAGCAAUAGCAGACCCCCGCGGUGAUAUUGAAGGAUUCAUUGAAGACUUUAAUCAACGUUUCGCUGACGCAAGAGAUAAAAUUUGCUGGAUGAAUUCUUCUUAUAGUGAUGCAUUGAACGAGUGUAAGAGGAACCUUCGUUUCAUGCUAGUGUAUCUUCAUAACCCUUCGCACGAAGCGUGUGACCGGUUUGUACGCGAAAAGUUGCUCACUCGCCAAAUGAAGGAGUUGAUAGAUCAAAACAACAUAGUUCUUUGGGGGGCAUCUGUACGUACUCAGGAGGGAUAUAAAGUAUCAAUGGCGUUAAGGGAAAAUACUUACCCAUUCCUGGGGUUAAUCUGCAUGCGCGAUAAUCGUAUGGUUAUGGUACUCAGGAUUGAAGGAGAGUACGAUUUAGAGUCUAUGGUCCUCUAUAUUCAAACUGCGAUUGAUGAAAACCAAAUACACCUUAAUGCAAUUCGUCAAGAGCGUCAGCAACGUGAAGCGGACAGUCGUAUUCGUCGUGAACAAGAAGCUGAUUACCAACGUGGCCUUGCUGCAGAUAGAGCUAAAAUGGACGAAAAAAGAAAAGAGGAAUUAGCCAGAAAGCAAGCUAUUGAGAAAGCAGAAGAAGAGAAAAGACUUUUAGAGAGGAAACUCGAGAGAUUUGCUGAAAUCAAAGAGAGGUUGAAGAAAGAAAUUCCAACAGAAAGUGAAGACUCCGACAGCGUGCGGGUCAACGUACGUUUCCCUUGUGGUGCUCGUUUCGAACGGAAAUUUAGUCUUGAUGAGAGUUUGGAGGUGUUAUUUGUCUCCACUUUGGUGCACGAGAAGUGUCCGAUGAAUUUCUCCAUGUACACAAGUUAUCCACGGAAACAGCUAAGUUGUGCGCCGGAGUGGUAUCGUGAGUUCGGAGAUGUUUUCAAUGAAUCUGGGAAAAUACAGACAUUUCGAGAAGCCGCUUUUGAAAAGACUGCCACAGUGCUUGUGCAGGAUAAUGAUGCUUGA